GCACUUCUAGACGUAAAGUUGUUGGUAGCUCUCAUCUAGUGCCACAAACAAAGGAAACACUUUUAAAGAUGGCUGUUUCCGGGCCACCGUCUGAGAAGCGGUCUGAUCAUCGUACACCAGACUUUUCAGUAGAAAAUCCACGAACUUGUGACAUCUGCAGACGAUCCGAAACUAUAUGGAACCUGAUUGUAGUGUGCUCUAGUUGCAAGGUUGCGGUUCACAUGGAUUGCUACAAAUGUGCUAAAGAAUCCACUGGUCCCUGGUACUGUGAGCUAUGUGCGGAGUCAUCUUCGGAACCUUCUUUUAAUUUUUGGGAAAAACCGGAUUGUUCAACAGAAUGUACUCUAUGUGGUGGCACAACUGGGGCUUUUAGGAAAGCCACAAAUGGGCAAUGGGUACAUGCUUUUUGUGCUGAGGUGAAGUUUCCUUCUACGGCAGCAGUUAUUACUUAUUAG